AUGACGGUGCCCCUGGCCCUUCUAGUCAGCGAGGGACUCAGCCAGCACAUCUACACCAACACCUGGGCUGUCCUGGUACCCGCUGGCCUGCAGGAAGCCGAACGGAUGGCCAGGAAGCAUGGCUUCCUCAACCUGGGACCGAUCAUCGGGGACUAUUACCACUUCUACCACCGGGCUGUGGCUAAGCGAUCCCUCUCGCCACACUGGUCCUGGCACAGCUCCUUGUCCAGAGAGCCGCAGGUGCUCUGGCUGGAGCAGCAGGUGGCCAAGCGCCGGACCAAGCGGGAUGCCUUUCUAGAGCCGACAGAUCCGAAGUUCCCCCAGCAGUGGUACCUGUCCAACGGCAACCAGAGAGACCUGAACGUGGAGGAGGCCUGGCAGCAGGGCUACACUGGCCGUGGGGUGGUGGUCUCCAUCUUGGAUGAUGGCAUUGAGAAGAACCACCCAGAUCUGGAGGCCAAUUAUGACCCGGCUGCCAGCUUUGACGUGAAUGACCAGGAUCCGGACCCUCAGCCUCGCUACACACAAACGAAUGACAACAGGCACGGGACUCGGUGCGCAGGCGAAGUGGCUGCUGUGGCCAACAACGGCAUCUGUGGUGUGGGUGUGGCUUUCAACGCCAAAAUCGGAGGUGUCCGCAUGCUGGAUGGGGAGGUGACAGACGCUGUGGAAGCCCGCUCGCUGGGCCUGAACCCCGACCACAUCCACAUCUACAGUGCCAGCUGGGGCCCGGAGGACGACGGCAAAACCGUGGAUGGCCCCGCCCACAUGGCCGAAGAGGCCUUCCGCCGGGGCGUGAGUCAGGGCCGCAACGGACUGGGCUCCAUCUUCGUCUGGGCCUCGGGGAAUGGUGGCCGCGAUCGUGACAGUUGCAACUGCGACGGCUACACCAAUAGCAUCUACACCCUCUCCAUCAGCAGCACCACCCAGUAUGGCAACGUGCCCUGGUACAGCGAGGCCUGCUCCUCCACCCUGGCCACCACCUACAGCAGCGGCAGCCAGAACGAGAAACAGAUUGUGACGACGGACCUGUGGCAGAAAUGCACUGAGUCGCACACUGGCACAUCUGCCUCGGCACCCCUGGCCGCUGGCAUCAUUGCCCUUGCUCUGGAAGCCAACAACAACCUGACCUGGCGGGACAUGCAGCAUCUGGUUGUGCGGACUUCCAAACCUGCCCACCUCAACACCAACGACUGGACCACCAACGGGGUGGGACGCAAAGUUAGCCAUUCCUACGGCUACGGGUUGCUGGAUGCAGGCGCCAUGGUGGCCCUGGCCAAGAACUGGACCUCAGUGGGGCCUCAGCGGAAGUGCAUCAUUGACAUCCUCCCCGAGCCAAAGGACAUUGGCAAGCGUCUGGAGGUGCGGCAGAAGGUGGAGGCCUGCUGGGGAAAGGCUGACUACGUGGCCGGACUGGAGCAUGUCCAAGCCAGGCUGACCCUUUCUUACAACCGCCGCGGAGACCUGGCCAUUCACCUGGUCAGCCCAAUGGGCACCCGCUCCACCCUCCUGGCUGCCAGGCCUCGGGACUAUUCGGCCGAUGGCUUUAACGACUGGGCCUUCAUGACGACGCAUUCGUGGGACGAAGACCCGGCUGGCGAAUGGGUGCUGGAAAUUGAGAACACGAGCGAAGCAAACAAUUACGGCACCCUCACCAAGUUCGUCCUGGUUCUGUAUGGGACGGGACCCGACCUGCCCGACCUCUCCAACCAGUUUGAGACCAGUGGCUGCAAAACCCUGGUCACCAACCAGGCCUGCGUGGUGUGUGAAGAAGGCUUCUACCUCCACCAGAAGACCUGUCUCAAGACUUGUCCACCUGGCUUUGCUCCGGCCCUGGGGCCGCCGCCUCUGGAGAACAGCCUGGACCCCCACCUGCUGCAGUCCCGGCUCUGUGUGCCCUGCCAUCCAUCCUGUGCCACCUGCCUGGGCUCCUCAGCCUCCCAGUGCUCGUCCUGCCCGGCUCAUGCCCACUACAACAGUCAGGAGCACACCUGCUCCCAUCAGACGCAGAGCAGCCGGGCCUCUCCUGCCGUGGGGGGGGAGGGCGCGGCUCCUGCCAGCCCCCCCUCCUACCUGCCGCUCCUGGUGGCGGGCCUGAGCUGUGCCUUCAUCGUCCUGGUGUUCGUCACCGUCUUCCUGGUGCUGCAGCUGCGGUUGGGGCCGUGCCUGCGUGGCUACAAGAUCUACUCGCUGGAGAGCGGAAACCUCAUCGCCUACAAAGGGCUGCCCUCCAUUCUCUGGCAGGAGGGGCUGGAGGAGGAGGUGGAGGAGGAGGAGGAGGAAGCCGAGGGCGAGAGGACUGCCUUCAUCAGAGACCAAAGGCUUUGA